AGCAGUCUUGGAUAGAGCAGACAGCCUCACGGCUCUGCUCGAGAUAAUGGACAAGUACGAGAAGGUGAUGUGUUUGGGCCGAGGAGCAUCAGGAGAAGUUUUCCUGAUGAGACACGUUGAGUCAGAGGGACUGCAUGCAGUGAAGAGGAUCAAACUGGAGAGCACACGGACACAGAGGGCUGUUAUUCAAGAGGCGGAGAUCAUUAAAAAGCUGAAGCAGCCUCACAUAGUGCACUGCAGCGAGGCUUUUGUGAGCCCCGAUGACGGCUUUAUUUAUAUUGUGAUGGACUACUGCGAUGGAGGGACAUUAGAUGACAGAGUCCAAGAGAGGAAACCGAACGACUUCUUCACGGAGAGUACGGUCAUGGGCUGGUUUGUGCAGGUCGCUCUGGCUGUGAGUUACAUACAUGAAGUGAAAAUACUUCACAGAGACAUCAAAACCUCAAAUGUGUUGCUCACAAAACAAGGCGUGGUGAAGUUGGGUGACUUUGGGGUAUCCAGAGUGAUGACCAACACAGCUGACAUGGCCUCCACAUGUGUGGGAACUCCCUAUUACCUGAGCCCAGAACUCUGCCAGGAUGUGCCUUACAGCUCCGAGUGCGACAUCUGGGCUCUGGGCUGCCUGCUCUAUGAGAUCUGUGCUCUCACGCCUCCAUUCGCAGCCUCCAACCUCCUCAGUCUCUACUGCAAGAUCACCAAAGGAGAGUACGAACCGGUGCCUGAACUUUACUCUCCAAACAUCUCUUCUUUAAUCCAGAGAAUGUUAAACAUUCAACCCCAAAACAGGCCGAGUGCUGCCCGUAUAGUUGACAGCACCUUUGUGCAAGAUCACUUACGGCACGUUCAGUGUAACUAUACGCUGAAUAAUGAGGAUGAUGUGGAAGAGGGCUGUAUCUGUGCUGGUGGCCAGAGUCCCUGCGGCUGCACCUACCCUGAUGAUUUUGAUGAGGAUGAGGAGCGAAAUUCUUCAUUGGAGGAACAAAGCCAACAAUCGUUCUUAUCAACAAGGAGACACUCUGCCGAGUGCCUCGUUUUUUUACAGUGUUGCCAAGACAUUGAGGACCAAGUGGAGUAUCCGGAUGACUUUGAGGAAGAUGAGGAAAAGGACGAGUGUGCAGGCGUGUCAUAUGCAAAUCACAUUCCCGCUUUCGACCACGAUGAUUCCCUGGAUGAGUUUCAGCUCUGCGAUGCAGGAGGAAUGGUCGUCACACUGAAGGCUUUGAAGGAAACGGGCUAAAAAUGUAUUUUUGAACAGACGGGAAUGUUUGGGUACAUGCUCUUCAUCAUGAAAAGGGCCUUUCAGGGCAGAGUCUCUUUCCAGAACGUAUGUGGCUGCAUUGUUGCUGUUCUAACACUUGCUGGAGCCAAACAUACCCGACCAUGAGCGCAGUUGUGUUCAGAGGAUCAAUGGACAACUGUCAUUUGGCCAUUGACUCGGGUUUUAUUAGGACCAGGAUUAAAUCUGUAUGCAUGCGUGGCUGAAAAAAAAAAUGAA